CCCUGGGGGCGUAAGGCCUCCCAGAGCUGAGGGUCCUGUACUGUGGCGUGUGGGUUUUGCUGGCUGGGGUGCGCUUUCUCCUCCAGCGUAAGGAAACUCAGGGUUGCCUCCCCCGGGCACAGGGCUCCUGCCCCUCCUGGCACUGGCCCCUGCCAGGUGUAGGUGCCCGGGACUCAUGCUCCUGCUCUCUCCUGCGUGUGGCUCUAAGUCUUCUGCCCUCUCAGUGGAGGGGGCGUGAGGUGCCUGAGAUUGGACGGACAGACCCUGCCGUUGUCCCCUUGCAGAGGACGAAAGGUUCCUCUGCUGUAGGCUUUCCCAGCGUCCGUCUCCAAGAGAGUAUGAAGAGAGUGCGUCUGUAGGGCAGGGAAGAUGGCGGACAAGCGCAAACUCCAAGGUGAGAUUGAUCGCUGCCUCAAGAAGGUGUCCGAGGGCGUGGAGCAGUUUGAAGAUAUUUGGCAGAAGCUCCACAACGCAGCCAACGCGAACCAGAAAGAAAAGUAUGAGGCUGAUCUAAAGAAGGAGAUUAAGAAGCUUCAACGGCUGAGGGACCAGAUCAAGACAUGGGUAGCAUCCAACGAGAUCAAGGACAAGAGACAGCUCAUAGACAACCGCAAGCUCAUUGAGACGCAAAUGGAACGGUUCAAAGUUGUGGAGCGAGAGACCAAGACUAAGGCCUACAGCAAGGAGGGCCUGGGCCUGGCACAGAAGGUGGACCCUGCCCAGAAGGAGAAGGAAGAGGUUGGCCAGUGGCUCACGAACACCAUUGACACCCUGAACAUGCAGGUGGACCAGUUUGAGAGUGAAGUAGAGUCACUGUCUGUGCAGACGCGCAAGAAGAAGGGUGACAAGGAUCAGAAGCAGGACCGGAUCGAGGGCCUGAAGCGGCACAUCGAGAAGCACCGCUACCACGUGCGCAUGCUGGAGACCAUCCUGCGCAUGCUGGACAACGACUCCAUCCUCGUUGACGCCAUCCGCAAGAUCAAGGACGACGUUGAGUACUAUGUUGACUCAUCCCAGGACCCCGACUUCGAGGAGAAUGAGUUCCUCUAUGACGACCUGGACCUCGAGGACAUUCCACAGGCGCUGGUCGCCACCUCCCCCCCAAGCCACAGCCACAUGGAGGAUGAGAUCUUCAACCAGUCAAGCAGCACACCCACCUCGACCACCUCCAGCUCUCCCAUCCCGCCCAGUCCGGCCAACUGCACCACGGAAAACUCUGAAGAUGACAAGAAGAGGGGACGCUCGACGGAUAGCGAAGUCAGCCAGUCUCCGGCCAAAAAUGGCUCCAAGCCUGUCCACAGCAACCAGCACCCUCAGUCCCCGGCUGUGCCGCCUAGCUACCCACCUGGCCCCCCACCUGCCGCCUCUGCCCUGAGCACUGCCCCUGGCAACAAUGGGGCCUCCACCCCAGCAGCGCCCACAAGCGCCUUGGGCCCCAAGGCCAGCCCAGCUCCCAGCCACAGUUCAGGCACCCCUGCACCCUACGCCCAGGCUGUGGCCCCGCCGGCCCCCAGCGGGUCCAGCACCGCCCAGCCCCGGCCCCCCAGCGUCCAGCCUGGCGGCGGCGGGGGCACCACUAACAGCAGCGGAGGCGGAGGCGCUGGCAAGCAGAACGGCACCACCAGUUAUAGCUCGGUGGUGGCAGACAGCCCAGCAGAGGUGGCUCUCAGCAGCACUGGGGGCGGCAGUGCCAGCAGCCAGGCUCCGGGCCCCCCGUCAGGCCCCCACAACCCGCCGCCCAGCACCUCGAAGGAACCCAGUGCGGCGGCCCCAGCAGGGGCUGGGGGUGUGGCCCCAGGCUCAGGGAACAACACAGGGGGACCCAGUCUCCUGGUGCCACUUCCCGUGAACCCUCCCAGCUCCCCAACACCCAGCUUCAGCGAGGCCAAGGCAGCCGGCGCCCUGCUCAACGGACCUCCACAGUUUAGCACUGCCCCAGAGAUCAAGGCCCCUGAGCCUCUGAGCUCUCUCAAGUCCAUGGCGGAGCGGGCAGCCAUCAGCUCCGGCAUUGAGGACCCCGUGCCCACGCUGCACCUGACCGAGCGAGACAUCAUCCUGAGCAGCACCUCUGCUCCGCCGGCCUCGGCGCAGCCGCCCCUGCAGCUGUCGGAGGUCAACAUCCCUCUGUCACUGGGCGUAUGUCCACUGGGGCCUGUGCCCCUCACCAAGGAGCAGCUCUACCAGCAGGCCAUGGAGGAGGCCGCCUGGCACCACAUGCCCCACCCCUCAGACUCCGAGCGCAUCCGGCAGUACCUCCCCCGGAACCCCUGCCCGACGCCCCCCUACCACCACCAGAUGCCACCCCCACACUCGGACACCGUGGAGUUCUACCAGCGCCUGUCAACAGAGACACUCUUCUUCAUCUUCUACUAUCUGGAGGGCACGAAGGCGCAGUACCUGGCAGCCAAAGCCCUAAAGAAGCAGUCGUGGCGAUUCCACACCAAGUACAUGAUGUGGUUCCAGAGGCACGAGGAGCCCAAGACCAUCACGGAUGAGUUUGAGCAGGUGAGGGCCCCUCCCUGUGCCCUGCCCACCCCAUGCUCCACGGGGGCCUGUGCCGCUCCCUCGUCCGGCCCCCCCCAUGCCCAGCAGAGUAGGGGCUCCGCAGCAACCACGGAGGGGGACGCUGUUUUCUUAAUGACUUCCCACGUGGUGGUGGUGAUCUCCCACUUGCUGCACCCCACGCUGGAGCCACACCACAUGGGUUUGAACCCAGUUCCUGCUGGGUGACCUUGGGCAAGUCGCUUGGACCUGUCUCCCUGUCCUUACGUGUAAGCACGGGCUCACAGACCGCCCUGGGUGCAGUGGUUACAAGGAUUGAAUGGGAAGGACAUGUGUUAAUACUGCUUGUUCCAUAGUAAGUAUCAGGGGUGUACUUUGUUUCCAGUAACUUAAGUGCUAUACCCCACAGUGGUGUCUUCCACCAGGUACUUGCCUGACGCCAAGUCCUGAGCAAGGCUUUGUCCUCAGAGA